UGAUUCUGACACUUCUAGUUCUUGCAGUUCAAAUCAUUCCAAAGAUUCAAAAAAGGUCAAAAGUAAAUCCAAAAAGAAAAAGAAAAAAUCCAAGUCAGGCAUAAACCAGACAAGAUCUAACUCAUGCCAAAAUCCACAAAAGUACCCGCACAUUGGGUUGAAAUACGAAUUUUCAAGAAUGAAAAUUAAGUAUAACGAUUUAGACAUUAAUCUUUUCACAGCAGGAGCUUUGAAUCUAUUGGUGAAAGAGAUUGAGAAUCAUAGCAUUUCAAAGAGAGAAUUGUUAGUCCAACUGAAACAUAUUAUUGAACUGAUGUAUAUCAACAAAAGGGGAUAUCCUUGGCAUCAGGUGCGGAACUUUCAUGCAAAUAUACUCAGUGAAAUUGAAGCAGGUGAAAUGACAUGGGGUGAUGAUACCACCCACAUUUUCAGCCAUUUGUCUGUCAAUAAAAAACAAGUCAGCAAUAAUACUUCAGUUCACACGGGUCAAAGGAUCAGUUGGUAUUGUGUAGAGUACAAUAGAGAUAAUUGCAAUGAAAGUUCUGCACACAUGUCAAAACUACCAAUAAAGGGACAAACAAGGUUGUUAGAACAUAUUUGUUCAAACUGCUAUGUACGGGACAAAACCAAAUCCAAUCAUUCAAAAUUAAAAUGUACACAUCCUAAUGUGUCUUACACAAAUUAUCCGAGUAAGUAGGGCAAAUUCGGAUUUGGCUUUGUUCCAGACACAUAG